CCGCAGGGGCGCGGUGGGGUUGUGCAGGUGCUCAUGGGAUGCCUGGGGGGUUAUGGGUGCUGCAGAGGUUCUAUAGGAGGACCGUGUCCGACCCGGCUUCCCCCGUGCAGCCUCCCGGAGGGCCGCAGCCCCGCGCCCGGCGCCUGGCGGCGCUGCUGAACCGCAGCCUGCGGGUGCGCAUGUCGGACGGGCGCACGCUGGUGGGAGCCUUCCUCUGCACGGACCGCGACGCCAACAUCAUCCUCGGCUCCGCGCAGGAGUUCCUCAAGGCUGCGGAUGCGUUCCCGGGCAGCGAGCCGCGUGUGCUGGGCCUGGCCAUGGUGCCUGGGCACCACAUCGUGUCCAUCGAGGUGGAGCGCGACGCCGCCGCCGCCCUGUGCUCCUGACGGCCCCACCGUGGGACGGAGCCCUGAGUGUUGUGAACCUCUCAUGUGCCCCAACGGGUGAUGGACGCCUGCCAUGCAAAAUGACCGCCGGGACUGCGGUCCCUGCAGCCCCAGUAGAGCUCCCGUGGUGAUCACGUGUCACCACGUGAUGCCGUCAUUCCAGUCCCCUGCAGAGCAGGACGCAGAUGCCCCUUCCUCCUCCAAACACUCCGUUUUCAGCCUGAAA